AUGUUUUGUACACUAAUCAGUUUAAUGCUUUUUAUUUGUGGUACAUUUCCAAAUUUAUUGUGCAUAACUGUAUUUUUAAGACAUAAAUUUCGUUCACGUAUAAUAACACAUUAUUUUAUUGCAUUAUUAUUUGCUGAUAUAAUUUAUUUUACUCUACGUUUAAUAAAAUUAUUUUAUCAUCAAAAAACGCUAUUUAAACAUUAUAUAAAAGAUUAUGGUAAAUGUUUAUCAUUUGAUUCCAUUGUAAAAUUUUUUGGUUUAAUUACACAAAAAUAUCAUGUACUAUUUAUUCCAUUUAUACAUUUUGAAACUUAUAUACGUUUUUCAUUAAUAUUAAUGACGAUUGUUAGUAUUCAACGUUGUAUACAAAUUGAAAAAUCUAUGAAAAAAAUAAAAUUUGUUAUUAGAAAAACCUAUUCACCAUGUAUAUGGAUAUUCAUUGCAUUUAUUAUAGCAUAUUUAUUUGAAUUUUUCGGUUUAACAUUAUACUGUUCAAAAGAAAAUAAUCGUUAUUUAUCCUAUACUUGGUUCUUAUAUACUGUUCAAAAUUUAAAUAAUCAUACAAAAUUAUUAACAAUGAAUAUGAUUAAUCAUACAACUGAUUAUGAUUGCACAGAACAAUAUAUUCAACAUAUUAAAUCAAAUUUUUCAACACAAUUAAUUAAAAAUUGUUCAAGUGAGCAAAUUUCAGAUAUAUUAGGUAGGUGUAAAUUUUUGUUUGUUUAA